UUAUAAUCUUUCAUCCUGUCCACAGGUGUGUUGCAUUGCAUUGUGGGUAGUCGUGUCCUCCUCCUCUUCCUCCUCCUCCUCCUCCUCUGGGGUUAAAGCCCCCCCUCCUCCUGGAUGUGACUCCUUGUUGGCGUUCUCCUCCGAGGUCGCCUCCUUUUCUGGCAGACAGAACAGCAUCCACAACAGGUCUCUGUCACCAUGGAGGUGGAGGUCGUCCACCGUGAAGAACCGGGUGCCCUCCACCCUCUGGGAGGCCGAGUGCAUCGACGUCUUCUGCUCCGGGCCGAAGAAAGACAGCUUGAUGUCAGUUCCCAUCUACCAGAGCGUCCUGGUCCUGAACCGGCAGCGGGGGGCGCUGUGCUUCACUGCGUCGUACAUGUCGGUGGCCGUGGGCUGCACCUGCGUCUGGGCCAAAACCAGCGAGAACUGAAGCUGCAGCUCAGAGAGGAGAACAUUCAACAUCUGCCGAUUGGUUGUGUUGAUUUGUGUGAUUGUGUUUGAUCCUCUGACCAUGUAUGUGUAAUUAAAAACACACAAUAUGAAACUUGUCGACUUUACUUUGUUUGGUGAAAAGCAUCAGAACCGAGUGGUAAAAGAAACUUUCUCAAACUGUGUGUGUGUGUGU